AUGUCACCAAACCCCAGCCUGCGCCGGGCCGCGGCGUCACCCCGCCCAGCGUCGUCACCGGCAUCACAAAUCGGGGAGCCGCAUCGCAAGGACUUUUCCUUCCUGCUGCGCCCCGAAAUCUACCAUCCGCUCACGCCCCUCAACGUGCCGCUCGCCUUCCGCAGCCCCCCACGGCAGCAGCCCGACCCGCGUGACCAGCCCGAGGCGCUGCUCGCGCGGGGCCACUUCCGCGCCGCCGCCAUCGCCGCCGUGCAGGAGCUCACCGGCAGCGGCGGCUCCGGCCCGGGCGUCGACGCGCGCGACACGCGGCGCAUCUUCGACCUCCUGUACGCGCGCCUCGCGUGCCUGACGCUCAUCGACGCCACGCCGCUCGCCGCGCAGGAGGUCAAGGCGCUCGAGGACCUCAACAGCGCGCGCACCUACGUCGACGACGCCACCGGCGAGCACCUCGUGCCAUGGGCGCUGCGCGUGCUCAACGUCCGACUGCAGGCGCUCGGCUUCGGCGACCCGCGCCGCGCCGUCAUGAGCUACCACGACCUGGCCCGCGAGGCCCGCGAGCGCGUCGCCCGCGCCGCCGCCCGCCGCGACCACUCCGACGCCGAAUUCGCACGGGAGUGUGCGCGACGCUGCGCGGGGGACGACGCGGAGACGACGGAGGGCAUCGUGCUGGCGCUGUGCGACAUGGCUGAUGGGGAGCACGAGGCGGCGCUGGCGCGCUGGCGGGUGCUUAGCGAGGCGCGGCCCGACGACGAGAUGAUCAGCGUCAACGCGGCCGUGUGUCUGCUGUACCUGGGGCGCAUCGUCGAGGGGCGGGACCUGCUCGAGGGGCUGGUGGACCGCGGCUGCUCGUCGCACACGCUACUGUUCAACCUGUCGACCAUGUACGAGUUGUGCACGGAUAGGAGCAAGGCGCUCAAGGUGAAGCUAACGGAGCGCGUGGCGGCGAUGGGAGAGUCGCCGGCAGGAUGGGAGAGGACGAAUGCUGAUUUCAAGCUAUAA